UGCUGAACUGCUCUUGGGAAGCCGCUGGUGCUGUAGUAGCUGGAGUCUGUUCUCGGGCCUGAGCCUCGAGGCCAGGCUCCUGGGUGUCGUUAAUGUUCGGGGCCGCCGGGCGCCAACCGAUCGGAGCUCCAGCCGCCGGGAACAGCUGGCAUUUCAGUCGAACCAUGGAAGAACUGGUUCAUGAUCUUGUCUCAGCCUUGGAGGAGAGCUCAGAGCAAGCUCGAGGUGGAUUUGCUGAAACGGGAGACCAUUCUCGAAGUCUCUCUUGCCCUCUGAAACGCCAGGCCAGGAAACGGAGAGGGAGAAAACGGAGGUCAUAUAAUGUUCAUCACCCAUGGGAGACCGGUCACUGCUUAAGUGAAGGCUCUGAUUCUAGUUUAGAAGAACCAAGCAAGGACUACAGAGAGAAUCACAAUAAUAAUAAAAAAGAUCACAGUGACUCUGACGACCAAAUGCUAGUGGCGAAGCGCAGGCCGUCAUCAAACUUAAAUAAUAACGCUCGAGGGAAGCGACCUCUGUGGCAUGAGUCUGAUUUUGCCGUGGACAGCCUUGGGAACAGAACUCUGCGCAGGAGAAGGAAGGUCAAGCGCAUGGCUGUGGACCUCCCGCAGGACAGCGCUACCAAGCGGCCGAUGACCCAGCCCCUGGAAAGUUGUAGAGAUCAGGACAUGGACAAUGACAGUAGAGCUUACCAGUAUCAAGAGUUUACCCAGAACAAAGUCAAAAAAAGGAAAUUGAAACUAGUUAGACAAGGACCAAAAGUCCAAGACGAAGGGGUAGUGCUAGAAAGUGAGGAAAUUAGCCAGCCCAGUAAGGAUAAAAUGGAAUGCGAGGAGCAGAAAGUCUCAGAUGAACUCAUGAGUGAAAGUGAUUCCAGCAGUCUCAGCAGCACUGAUGCUGGUUUGUUUACCAAUGAUGAGGGAAGACAAGGCGAUGAUGAGCAGAGCGACUGGUUUUAUGAAAAAGAAUCUGGGGGAGCUUGUGGCAUCGCUGGAGUCAUUCCCUGGUGGGAGCAGGAGGAUCCGACUGACCUAGACAGAAACGUACCAGAUCCUGUCUUUGAAAGUAUCCUAACUGGUUCUUUCCCCCUUAUGUCACAUCCGGGAAGAAGAGGUUUCCAAGCCAGACUCAGUCGCCUUCAUGGAAUGCCUUCCAAGAAUACUAAAAAGUCAGGAGGGACUCCAACUUCAAUGGUGACCACUCCUGGCCCAGUCAGUAACAAAAGAAUGGUUCACUUUUCCCCAGAUUCUCAUCACCAUGACCAUUGGUUUAGCCCUGGGGCUAGGACAGAGCAUGGCCAGCAUCAGCUUCUGAGAGAUAACCGAGCUGAAAGAGGACACAAGAAAAACUGUUCUGUGAAAACAGCCAGCAGGCAAACAAGCAUGCAUUUAGGAUCUCUAUGCACUGGAGAUAUCAAACGGAGAAGAAAAGCUGCACCUUUGCCUGGACCUACUACAGCAGGAUUUGUAGGAGAAAACGCCCAGCCAAUCCUAGAAAACAACAUUGGAAACCGAAUGCUCCAGAAUAUGGGCUGGACACCUGGGUCAGGCCUCGGGCGAGAUGGCAAGGGGAUCGCUGAGCCGAUUCAAGCCCUACAGAGGCCAAAGGGAUUAGGACUUGGAUUUCCUCUCCCAAAAAGCACCCCCGCACCCACUGCCUCCAAUUCAGGAAAGUCCGCCUAAGAAGAAAAGCAAAGAAGGGAUGUUUGACAAGUUGUGUUUGCUCUGUAUAUCCCAUUGUUCUAAAAUUACAACAUAGUUUCUAUUUUUGAAGCCGAAAUCUCACAUCAAAGCCUCAGACUUGUCACUUUUGCUUCCUAGCUGCUUACGGUUCCGCCACAGUGAUAGAAAUGGGAUUUCAUCACAGUUCAUGGUGCUAAAGUGAAAACCUUUCCCUUUUAAAAAUUUUCGGCGAUUUACAUCCUAGUCGUAAAGAACAGCUGGAUUUCUCUUAUUUAUUUUGAUCUGGUAUGUCAGUAAUUUCUAAUGCUUUAGCUCGACUCAUUCAUGUGUGUGCGCUGAUGCCCCAGCAACGGAGCUCGCCCACACGUUUCUAAACUGGGAUUGGCCGGAAAGGGUCAUGUUUCACGUCAACCCUGUCUGCUGUAACUAACGGAAAACACCUAUCAUCAGAUCGAUGAAGUCCUAAGCACAUCUUUGUUUGAAAGGCUGGCCAAUUUCAUAUUCCUUGAAUUUGGCUUUUUUGUUAGGAUUCUCUAACAGGGUGACACCCAUUAAUCGUCUGUCCUUGGACGAUGUAGUAUGAAGUUCACAGUUGACAAACAGCAAUGAAUGUUUCCCUCUGACACGUCGACAAAAAUAAACCUCACUGUUGUGAUCACCAGAGUGCCCUCAGCAUGACUUUAAUGCAGAUUUUACAAACGUUACCUCAUUUAGAACAUAAAAUAAUUAUGGAAAGAAAAAUGUAUUUUUUAAAUUCACCAUGACUGAAGUGUUAAUUAAUCUAGGCUUCCUUCUACCUCCUUCUUCCCAAAGGUUGAUAUUUUUUUAAGAUCAACUCAACUGUAGUAAACUGAUUUUAAAUUUUAACCAUCGGAGCAAGUUAGAAUAUCCACUCCAUUUAUUUGAAGAUUUAAGUGGCUCUCCCAAGAAUUCAGAUUUCUGGCAAUGAUCCAGCCCAUAUACAAGGUGAACAAAAAAUGAAUGGUACUUUGCCCUUCCUGACAUCUAAGCAGUUACUUUAAAAGCAAGCAAAACAAGUCAUUUUUAUUAUGUUCCUAGUAUUAUUACAUCUGAGUCAUCUGCUUCAUAAUGUCAGAGAUUCUCAAUUGCUCUUAGUUUAGAUGUUGAUUAGUUUUCAUCUUCAUUAUUAAGGACUAAUGAUCAGAUUCUCUUUAUAAUGGCCUUUGUCAGUUGAGUGAAGGCCAAGAAAACACACAUGAAUCACCCUUCUAAUGUUUAAAAAAAAAAAAAAAAACUUUGUUUUUCUAGAGCAGUUUUAGGUUCACAGAAAAAAUUAAGAGGAAGGUACAGAGAUUUUUCAUAUACCCCCUGUCCCUACAUAUGGGUAGCAUCCCCCAUUAUCAAUAUCCCCUACCAGAGUGGUACAUUGUUACAAUUGAUGAACCUACACUGACAAAUCAAAAUCACCCAAAGUCCACAGUUUGUAUUACAGUUCACUCUAGUAUUGAGCAUUCUAUGGGCUUGGACAAACAUAUAAUGACAAGUCUGCCCCAUUAUAGUAUCAUACAGAGUAGUUUUACUGUGAUAAAAUUCCUCUGGGCUCCUCUCUAAUAGGCUUUUGGAAAUUUGUCAAUCCCUGAGAGUUUUUUAAAGGGGGAGAGGAGGUUUGUGCAUGUCAUAGACCUGUCCCAGGUGGUCCCCUAAAGAAAAUACUACCAGUUAGAGAGAGGAUGGUCAGCCUGCUAUUUGAAAGCCUUAAUGGUUUGCCAAAUUACAUGUUCCUUUUUAGAAUUAUCUUCUUUUCUAGGGGUCUGGUGGUAAGAGGACAAGUUGGUUAGAGGACUGUAGACUACCAUGUGAGUUGCUCUUCUGGAGCAUUCUUAUUGGAUAAAGUAACCCUGUUGUAUGAUUAUUUUCUACAAGUGUAUAAUCUGGAAAUUUACCAUUUUUAAAAAAUAAUUUUUGUUGAAUACUCAUUCUAUCUAUGUAAAGGGAUAAAAAGCUAGGGAAGAUUGUCUAUAUUCCGGUUUAAACUUCUUUGUGGUAGUACAUAACACUCUAAGGUCUGCUCAAAAGUGUUUAUUUUUUUAAAUUCCAUUGCUUGAAGAUCUAAAAUCCUAGAAUUUUGAAAAGCCAAAUUUGGAGCCACUGAUACACACAGUGACGUUAUUGUGAGACUAACUGACCCCAGGUUCCCAGGGACUUAGCUGUUCUUUUUCACUUCACCACGUCCUAACCUUCACAGUGAGGAAGAGCUGACCAUAUACCCGCUGGCACUGGGAAACUCCUUAACUAAAUAUUGCCGCUGUGUGAAUAUUUUUUCUCAUCCUCCUGAUGGGUACCAGUCUUCUGAAGCAAACCCUCGAAGAUAUCCCUGAACUUGGGUGUUCUCUAACUCCACCCCCCAAAAUAAUUCAUCUUUAUAUUUUCCCCUAAUAGAAGAAAGGUCUCAGUCUCUGUGGCUCACAGAGGAUUUCAAACAUUUCUUACUGUAUGAAAGUGUUUAACUAUACAGAAUACAUGAAUCAAUACCCAAAGCAGAGGUGGCAACGUCCCAGGCAUCCCCCCUGCUCUCACACAGACAAGCACCAGGAGCACAUACAUCCCUUCACUUUUCAAUGAAAUUUAAGAAAAAUCAAUGCACACCUGAAGUUCUGCUUGGACCUGAACUUAUGGGAGAAAUAAACACAAUUGAAAAUGGAAUUUUUAAUGUAAGUCAAAUAUCUUUUAAGAUAUGAAGUUCACUAAUUUAUGUUUUACAAGGAGUUAUAGUUAAUUUUUACCAGUUACUACGCCCAUAGAACCCAAAGCAUCCAAAGGAAUUCAUGCUUUAGAAUUAUCAGUCGUAUCUCCUUAAAAAGGUGGUUAGAUUUUUCUCUUCGCCUUCAUAAAGCCAGCUCUUCUACAGCCUCAUAUCAAAUUAACUGCUUGUACUAAAAAUUUUAGAGAGUGCAUUGGUCUCUUCCAUUACUAUCCAAAUCAUCCAGUCUCAGCAGUAGCAGAGAGAAACUGAGUGUGGCUACAUAAGCAGCUCAGCUUUUUGCCUCUAUAUACUUGUUAUACUUGAUAUUAAUCAGAUUGUGUGUUGGGGUCAUUUUCUUCCUUCCUUCCUGCCUUCCUCCCUCCCUUCCUCCUUUUUUCCUUCUUUCUCCCCAAAUACAAUUUUUAAGGCUUUGUUCCCACCUCAAAUUUUUUUGUUUUUAUUUUUUAAUUAUAUGGUACCCCUUUAAAAGAAAAUCCAUUGCUAACUAAAAUUUACCAAUUAAUUGGUCUCGGCAUUUUAAAACAUAGAUUUUAUAACACACACUGUUGCUAUGAAACAGAAGUUAAGACAGUAGGAUUAAAGAUAUGCCUAAUGUAUACAUAUAGGUGUGUUUACAGGGCACGUAUGUGUGCAAUAUACAGACAUAAUUGCAAAAUAAUUGCUUUUUAUUAAUAUUUUUAUUUUAGCAUCGUGAAUUGAUAUUCUUGCAGUUAAUUGAACUGACAGUUGCUUCUCUUCGAUCCAUUUUCAUUUUGAGCAGAUAUUUCAUAAAAGAGAAAAAUCACUGUUGACAUGCUUUUGAAAACCAUUUCCUCCUGUACUCUUUCUUAAAAAAAAAAAAAAGUGACCUAAAUUGAUAUUGUAAAAUGAAGUUGUUUAGCAAAAAAUAUUUUGGAUUUUUUUUUCUUUUAGUAGAAAGGUAUAUUAACAGUACAACAAAGAAUGAAAGAAUAAAUGCAGUGUUUAAGAAUGUUAUUUAUAAGCAGUCAUUGUCUUUGUGCUUUAAAUGUUUCCUUCUUAAAGUAAUAAAAACUA